AUGACUUCUAUACGCAUGAAAAAUUGGCUUGGCAGAUCUUUUUCUGAGAUAUGCAAAAGUUGCGCAAAUUUCGGGGAUCCAGAGUUGGCUCUUGGCGUCCCAUGGUACGAUUCACGAGUCACUAAAGGGCUCGGUAUUGGUGCGUAUCAAAAGAAAGGAGGCAAGGAUCCCAAACUGACACCAAGUGGAGAGAAAUUUGAAGACAAGGCGACUGAGCUUGUUAAAGAAUGCAAUAUCAUCGGUGCUCUUGGUAGAGGAAAAGUAUUCAACAACAUCGACCAAGAGUAUAAGUCGAUAGCCGUAAUUGGAUUCGGCCGCGAAGGUGCCAGAUUCAAUGAUCUAGAAAUGAUUGACGAAUGCCUGGAGAAUUUAACUAUCUUCACAAAAGAUGUAAGCUUUAAGUACAUGUUCAUUUGA